UGAUAAGAUUGUUAUAUGAUUCUUCUAAAGACAAUUUCUUCAGCUAAAUUCAUGUUGGAGCCAUUCACCCUCACAAUGUUAUAAUUCAACAAUGAGAUCUUUUAAUCGCUGCCUAAUCAAGGCUCUCCUUGCAGCAUCAAGCAUAAUUUUUUUCUGUGAAUACCUCAUGUACUACGUGGUGCUACUACAAUGUCGAUGGCCGGAUCUUGAUCAUGGAAAAAUUGAUCCUGGCAUUACUCUCACUGAUAUGGAAGAUACAACACCUGUUAAGGUAAUGUUUUUAUCUGACACUCACCUGCUGGGAUCCUUGAAUGGACAUUGGUUCGACAAAUUAAGAAGGGAAUGGCAGAUGUACAGAGUUUUUCAAACGACGAUGACGAUCCAUAAGCCUGAAGUGGUGUUUGUUCUAGGAGAUAUAUUUGAUGAGGGGCUUUGGUGCAGUGCCGCAGAAUUCAAUCGUUAUGUAACAAGAUUCAAUUCGCUUUUUUAUGUGCCUAAAUCGACAAGGAUUUAUGUAGUAGCUGGGAAUCAUGACAUGGGUUUUCAUUACAAAAUCAUCCCUUACUUAAAUCAAAGGUUUGUUAAUGGAAUGAAAGCGCCAAACGUAAGAAAAAUCAGCAUUAGAGGCAAUCAUUUCGUUCUUCUGAACAGCAUGGCUCUAGAAGGUGACGGAUGCUUCCUUUGCAGACCCACGGAAAUUGCCCUCGAUAGAAUUGCUAAACAAUUACAAUGUACAAAAGGGAUUGGCAGCUGCAAGGUGAACGACAUUCUGAAACAAUAUAGCAGACCAAUUAUUUUACAACAUUAUCCAAUGUAUCGUGAAUCAGAUGAGAUAUGUCAUGAAUUAGACGAAGCUCCUCCUCAACUGAAGGAUGUAAAAUUUCGAGAAAGAUGGGAAUGCUUGUCUAAAGAAGCCUCUGAACAGCUGCUUGACGUAUUGAAGCCAAGGUUAGUAGUUGCUGGUCACACACAUCAUGGCUGCCGCAGGAUCCAUAGAGAUAAUACUUUGGAAUUUACCGUUCCUUCUUUCAGUUGGCGGAACAAAAAUAAUCCUUCAUUUCUCAUGGGAGUUUUUACGCCAAAUAAUUAUGCAGUGUCAAAAUGCUACAUGCCUCUGGAAACAACGAUGAUCGGAAUUUACGUUCUGGGUAUAAUUUCCAUUGUCAUUUACCUCGUGCUGCAAAACCGGAAGAUAUUUUUCCGUUAUAGAUUCGCAAAGCUCAUUUGCGAGAGACCAUAAUUAUGAAAGACACUUUACAAGCUGAGUAAGUCAACGACACGGUUCGAUAGCAUUCAUAAAUGUUCUAAUCAUGUUUCAAAUAUUUUUUUACUGUUUAUCCAUCACUUCGGCGGUUAUACGGCUAUAUAAAAAAGUGAUGAAAGACGGAUAACGUCGACCGCAGUACUGGGUUCCCAUAUCUUUAAAAGAAUAAAUCGACCUGUAAUUCUUUAUAAGAAA